GCAGCCAUGGCGUGCUGCUUGGUGCUGUGGGGCGUAGCCCUGGCCCUGCUGACGUACGUCGCGAGGAAGAAGGACCCGGCGCCUAUAUUCGGAGUUUAUACACGGCCCGGCAAGUGGUACUAUCUCAAGUAUGUUGUGUUCGCGGCCAUUUACUACUUCAGGAAGUAUGCGGUCCGAAUUAGAGGCGCCAGCGGUCGCGCCGGGCAGGGCGUGCGAGCCAUCUCCGACCCUGCGCUCAUGGACCGCGCACAGCCUCUCAGCGACCACUCUAAGGCCUUUGAUGCGGUGUUCUUCAUCGCCGCGGACGGCGCGCCCGAGGAGGAGGGCACCUACGUCAUGAUGGGCAGCGAGCGCCGCCCGCUUGGCAUGUGCAACGGACUCUUCUACAUCGGCCUGCCGGGCAAGGGUCUGCUGUGUAGCGCCAAGCUGCCGGACACGGUACUAUUCGGGGCCCGGAGCGGCGAGUUCGGCGCCGAGGGCAUUCGCAUAGCGCCCGCGGAGCCGAUGAAACGGUGGACUCUUAAUUAUCAGGGAAAAAUGAGGUACCAAAGGGACCCUACACAUGAAGUGGAGGUGACGUUCACUGGCGAAUGGACAGCGAACACAAAGCACUUCGACUUCGACUGCGAGCUGCACGCGCCUGCCGUCAUACGCUCCAUCGCGCGGGAGCGUUGGAGCAGGCAGUACUUCGACGGCCUAAAGACGGCACACCAGUCCCACUAUGAGCAAUUUGGCAGUCUCUGCUGCUCGCUGACGAUUGGGGAAGAGAAGCUUCAGUUCACGCUGCCGUCGUUCCGCGACCACAGCUUCGGCGCGCGCCGAGACUGGUCGCUCAUGCGGCGCUACGCCUUCCACCACAUGUUCCUGGCUGAUGGGACUAAAGCGGCGGUUGGAGUCAUAUGCCAGCCCUCUACGGCCACCAAUUUCGAGGUGGGCGUGGUGGCGCUGCCGGACGGGCGCGUGCUGCCGGCCGAGACGGUCGACCUGCAGCUCUGGCAGCACGGCGAGGGCGGCACGCCGCCCAAGGACUACGGCUUCAGCUUCCGAGCCGGAGAUCAAGACUACCACGUUCAGGUGCAGGUAGAACACGAGGCGACCCAUUACGUGUCCUCGGAGUGGGAGGCGCGCAUGCAGGAGCGCUUCUGCCGGUACGCGGUGAACGGCGUGCCGGGCCGCGGCACCGCGGAGUUCCACUACCACCACUCCGGCGGCCGCCCCGCCACCGCCGCAGACCCCGAGUGGUACCGCAGGAUGAGCCACGCCAUCUAGACCCUGCGACAC